GCCAAUCACAGAGCAACUAACCUCUUUCAUAGCCACGCGACUACUUUCAUGUUUCAUCACAAACAACGGCUGAGUGAAGCAGUUUCAAUCCGUCUUUUUAUUUCACCGAUUCACCUUAAAGAGGUGUAUGAUGCUGGUGAUGCAGUUGCUGAGGGGUGCAGUGAAGCAUGCUGGGAGCAGUCCCCAGUGCAGUGUUGAGAGAUUGAUCUCAGCAGUACGUGGCAUCAGCUCAUCCUCACAAAGGUUAUCAGAUUUGGGGGGAACUCAUCCUCCAUCCUCCACUGAUAGUGACCGCCCCAAAGUCCUCAUCACGGGAGGGCUUGGACAGCUCGGGGUGGGGCUCGCCAAACUGCUGAGGAGACGAUUUGGAAAAAACAAUGUGAUCUUGUCCGACAUUAGGAAACCCCCCAACCAUGUCUACCAUAAUGGUCCAUUCAUCUUCUCAGACAUCCUGGACUAUAAGAACCUCAGGGAGAUUGUGGUGAACAACAACAUCAGCUGGCUGGUUCACUACUCGGCUGUGCUGUCUGCUGUGGGAGAGAACAACGUCGCACUGGCCAAAGAGGUCAACAUCACGGGUCUCCAUAACAUAUUAGAUAUAGCAACCGAACAUGGUCUGCGUGUGUUUGUCCCCAGCACGAUCGGUGCCUUCGGUCCAUCCUCGCCCAGGGACCCCACCCCUGAGCUGUGUGUGCAGAGACCGCGCACCAUCUACGGCGUCUCCAAGGUCCACGCAGAGCUGAUGGGUGAGUACUACAACCACAGGUAUGGGCUGGACUUCCGCUGUCUCAGGUAUCCGGGCAUCAUCUCCGCUGACUCCCAGCCUGGAGGAGGAACUACAGACUAUGCUGUCCAGAUCUUCCAUGCCGCUGUGAAAACUGGUUGUUUUGAGUGCAACCUGCGCAGUGACACGCAGCUCCCGAUGAUGUACAUUGAUGACUGUCUCAGGGCUACUCUCGAGUUCAUGGAGGCUCCGGCAGACACGCUGGUCAGCCGCACCUACAAUAUCAACUCUAUGAGCUUUACACCACAAGAACUCAUCCAGGAAAUACAGAAGGUCCUGCCUGACCUCAAGGUCACCUACAAUGUGGAUCCUGUCCGGCAGGCUAUAGCGGACGGCUGGCCAAUGGCAUUAGAGGACAGCGCGGCGCGGCGGGACUGGGGCUGGAAGCACGAGUGUGACCUCUCAGAGUUGGUGCACUCCAUGCUGACUCGCAUCACUCUGGGCAACCAGCUCGCACAAGCCUACUGAGCCUUUUCAUAGCAACCCCAUUCAAAGCUUUAUUUUAAAGUAUGUGACACUGAAGAUUUAAGAGAAUGUUUAGCCUUCACGAUUACACUUCAAACUAAUAUUUUAAGAUCCUAAAUGAAUAACAAAAAAGGGGGAUUAGGAUUAAGACCAGUCAAAAAUUCUCCUCCCUCCUCAUCCAUCCAUCUUUAGUGUGAAACUAAUGUGCUUAUUCUGAUACAAGAGCAUGCUGGAUACUAUCUCCAAGUUACUGAACUGUUAAGAGAGCUCUCUCUCUGAAUGUACUGUAUGUAUGUAUUUAUGUCAUGUACUGUAUGCAGAUGACUUUGCCAGCCUACUGUGUAUGCAUCUGUAGCAGCUAAAUGCUUGCCUUAGGGGGGCACUUUUGCCAUUCUACAAACCAGUGGGCUUUGAGUAAGAAUAUGUACCGUAAUCAUACUCACUCAAAGGCUUUACCUCGGGUACUGUCACUAUAGAGCUGGUCCCAUCGUGUUACUGUAGGUUAGGUUGCAGGUGCUUGAACCGUAGUUGCCUCACGGGGCUGUAGGCCUUAAAAUAUGUGUUUGAGUUAAAGACUUCGAAAAGCUACUUCACCUUUUAUUAUUGAAUUUCUAUUUAAAUUAUUUGUAUUGUUUCUUUCUGUUUAGAAGCUGCGGUCUCAAACAAAGCUCUUCAGUUUUGCAGCUGUACUUUAAUGACUUAGAUCUGUUGGCCACGUAGCAUGAAGGGAGUGGGCAUUAGAGCGCACAUUGUUUUUUAAUAUUUAUGUUAUUUUUGCAGCUUUUCUGUCAAACUGAUUUUUUUGUGUUUUUUAAAAAUAAAAACUUAAAUGAAA